UAACCUAACUUAAGAUUUUUGAUAAGCAACAAAGUAAGUCUGAAAUAGUUCGUUAUAUACUUACCAAGAUUUAACUUUUUAAAGUUAUGGGUAGUCCAAAAAAAUCGGUUCCCGAUCCAGAUUAUGAGCUUACGGAGGUUGCAAGAGAACAUGUGAAACUGAAAGAAAGUAGAGAAACGAAAGAUACAUUAGAAAAGAUAAUAAGUAUAAUUAAUCGUGAAUUUAAGACAGAAUUAGAUCACCGACAGUCACAAUUAGAUCUAAUCCAACAACGCCUAGAUAAAGCCCAAAAAUCUCUACACUUACUGAGAUACAUUCUCAUUAAUAAUUAUUAUAAUGGUCAGAACAUGUUCAUAGAUGAAAAUGAUGACUCAAAUAGCUCUGAACUACAUUUUUAUAAUAAAAAUGGUCUUCAUCCUGCUGUAAAAAAAUUAAUAAUAGGGAAUAGUCUUGGCGACUAUAAGAUCAAUCUCAAUAAAUCGCCUAGAAAAAAGAUGAAAUAUUUUGAAAAUCAAACAAAUGUAAAUACAACUGAAGAAAUUGAUUCUAAAUGCAAAAUAGAACCAAGUGAUAUCGUACAAGAAUCAAAUGAACAAGAAAUUAAUGCUCCUACAAGUAAAAGUGAUAGUAUUUUACCAAUUUCUCCAAAGGAAGAAUAUGAUACAACACGAAAUCGAAAGAAAGAAAAAUACAGGAUAGUGGUAGGCAAUAUUUCUAAGUGGAUGCCAUCAGGAAGUGAAGAAGAUAAAUCAACACACAAGUGGAUGGUUUAUGUUAGAGGAUCCAAGGAGAAGCCGGACAUAAGUCACUUUGUCGAGAAGGUUGUAUUUUACUUACAUCCAUCUUAUGCACCAAAUGAUGUUGUGGAGAUGAGGCAUCCACCCUUUCAUUUGUCACGGCGAGGAUGGGGCGAAUUUCCACUUAGAGUGAAGAUAUUUUUUAAAUACACACUAAAUAAACCUGUAGACAUCAUACAUAAUUUGAAACUGGAUCAAACAUUUUCUGGUCAGCAGACGUUAGGGAACGAAACCGUGGCAAACUUAUUUCUGUAUAAGAAUGAAAAAAUAAAUGAUCCUCUAAAAGAGAACAAGAAUUUGGAACCUUAUCUCCCCGUUCACAUAAAAGAAGAAUUCGAAGACAGGAACGAUGUAACGGUACCUUCAGAACAUGAUUACUGCACAGCUGGCUCCGACAUAGAACCUCCAGCAUCAGAAGUGGAUCCUCCUCAUGAUUUGUUUAAAGAACAUUCCUACGCUCGUGCGGCCGAUUCUAUGCCAGAAGAACCACCUGAUGAACCAGAAAAUAAAAAUGCAUAUUUCAUCAACAUUUCUGAAUUAAUGAACCAAAACGUGCAAGAAGGUGGAUCAGACAAGCUAUAUGUAACAAAUAGUAGUAUAAUUGCGAUUAAGAAAUUGAAGGAAUCGCAAGAAUCUUUCUUGAAAAAGAAGAUUCAAAGUGGUUCAUUAUUGCUGCCUAAAGCAAGUCAACAAGUGAAUGUGCAACAGCCGUCAUUUAGUACCUUGAUUAAUUAUCACAAAUACGAGGUGCAUUUUCCAAAAGACAAAUUUCGAAACUGCAGCCUAGCAUUAGCUUAUCUAUUGAAGAAGAUGCCCUUAAUAACAGAAUUGGGAUCAAAUCUAGAUUAUAAGUGUACAUACCCAUAUGUCGCUAGAUCGUUACAAGAAUAUUCAAAGUGGAACAUUGGAAGGCGACUAAGCUCAGAGUGGUAUCAAGCAAAAAUGAUACAAAAAAUUAUUGUCGACGCCAAGGUGAGAGGUUGUGAAAAAUUGUCACCAAAAUCAAUCAUUAUGUACGCAAGAUCGCACGGAUAUACUCCAAUGGCUAAUUACGAAAUAUUUAAGAAAAAAAUUAAUCCUACAUUAGAUGAUGCGCUCGAAAAUUAUUCGGAACCUGUAAUUAAUACUCAAAUGCUUGUAGCUGAUAGUACGGAUGAAAUUGUGGAUAUAAUCGGUCAUACAGACAAAAAUAAAGGCAGUAACCCUCCUACAUACAAAAUCAAAAUAGUGGAUAAAAAAUUGGAGUUGGCAUGUUCCUACAUAAAGCAAGUUGCUUUAGAAGAUGGCAUAAUUUUGCGACCGCAAGAGAUUAUACCAGGUGUGAUAUUUAAUGAAGUGGAACGUAUGAUAGUGAAGGCGUUGAUGUGCUUAGCUGAAGAGAUCAUAAGAAGUGCCAGAGCAAAUUUGGUGUAUAAGGAUCAUUUUAAUGAAUCCACUAGUUCUUUGGAUGUAGGCGAUAUUUUUGAAGUUAUAUCCCAAAGACCUAGGUUUCAGUUUUUGUUAAAGAUGCUUACAUCAAGUACUGAGUAACUAUUAUAGUUAGAAUAAAAUAUAUAACAUG